GUUCCGGCAGUAUGUAUAAAAUUGAGGCCUACCCAUGUGAGCUGUAGAAGUGAUAGUCGGAGCUGAGUUUGUAGUAUCAUCGUGAGCAUGGCUGAGAAUGACGUUGAGAAUGAGCUGCUUGACUACGAGGAAGACGAGGAGCCACAGGGAGCUCCGGAGAGCGCGGUCCCGGCGGGGAAGAAAGAGGUCAAGGGCUCUUAUGUCUCCAUACACAGCUCCGGCUUCCGAGACUUCCUACUCAAACCCGAACUGCUGCGGGCCAUCGUGGACUGUGGUUUCGAGCAUCCUUCCGAAGUCCAGCACGAGUGUAUUCCUCAGGCUAUCCUGGGCAUGGACAUCCUCUGCCAGGCCAAGUCUGGAAUGGGGAAGACUGCCGUGUUCGUACUGGCCACCCUGCAGCAGAUAGAGCCCGUUGAUGGACAGGUGUCUGUGCUGGUAAUGUGCCACACACGUGAGCUGGCCUUCCAGAUCAGCAAGGAGUAUGAGCGCUUCUCCAAGUACAUGCCCACAGUGAAGGCGGCUGUCUUCUUUGGUGGCCUGUCCAUCAAGAAGGAUGAGGAGGUCCUGAAGAAGAGCUGCCCCCACAUUGUUGUGGGAACGCCAGGGCGCAUCCUUGCCCUCAUCCGCAACAAGACACUCAAUCUCAAGAACGUCAAGCACUUCGUCCUGGACGAGUGCGACAAGAUGCUGGAACAGCUAGACAUGCGUCGUGACGUGCAGGACAUCUUCAGGCUUACGCCUCAUGAGAAACAGUGCAUGAUGUUCAGCGCCACGCUCAGCAAGGAGAUUCGGCCCGUCUGCCGCAAGUUCAUGCAAGACCCAAUGGAGGUAUUUGUGGAUGACGAGACCAAGCUCACUCUCCAUGGCCUCCAGCAGUACUACUGCAAACUGAAGGACAGUGAGAAGAACCGCAAGCUGUUUGACCUGUUGGAUGUGCUGGAGUUCAAUCAGGUGGUGAUCUUUGUGAAGUCAGUGCAGCGCUGUGUGGCUCUGUCCCAGCUGUUGGUAGAGCAGAACUUCCCUGCGAUUGCCAUCCACAGAGGCAUGGCCCAGGAGGAGAGGCUGUCCCGGUACCAGCAGUUCAAGGACUUUCAGCGGCGGAUCCUUGUAGCCACCAACCUGUUUGGCCGAGGGAUGGACAUUGAGCGUGUCAACAUCGUCUUCAACUACGACAUGCCCGAGGACUCAGACACCUACUUGCAUAGGGUUGCCCGCGCUGGCAGGUUUGGCACAAAGGGGCUGGCUGUGACCUUCGUGUCGGAUGAGACGGACGCCAAGACUCUGAAUGAUGUGCAGGACCGCUUUGAGGUCAACGUAGCUGAGCUGCCAGAAGAGAUCGACAUCUCCACCUAUAUUGAGCAGUCCAGAUGAAUCCACCAGCCCAGUGUUGGGAAUUCCUCCAUGCACGCACACGCACUCUUUGCUCAUGUAUUUUUGAAUUUAAAUCCCCCCAUGUGUGUUUUAAAACUUGGCUCCCAAUUGCAACUCUUACGGAAUCUACCUGUAAUCGUGGGUCCAGUUAAUUUUUUUGUGGUUACUGAAAUUAAAUCUUUUUAUACAAUGCCAGUUGGUCUCUCUCUUUGUUACUUGAUUUGGGCAUAGGGUUGCACGCUCUCUUAUAGCGAAAAUCAUUAAGAUUUUCUGCAAUUAUGCAGUCACCCAGUCAUGGUCUAGCUUGGCUGCCAGUCUGUGGGUGAGGUGUAGAUGUGGUCCAGUCAGGACCAUGUGUGUUUCAGACCCUUUGAGACUAUUUUAAUGCAUCUGGACUGACCAGUAUGUACUGAUAUCCCAAUUUCCAGGCAAAAGCAGUCAUCUAAAAUGUGAUCCAU